AUGCAUACUUUCAUAAUAAUUCCUCUUGUAAGUUUAUCGAUUUUAAUAGAUAUAGACGUUAUGGAAAGUCAAUUUAAACGUAAAGAAUAUGAUAAUCAACAGCAACAAGAUGAUAGUCAACUAUUAAAGAAAUAUAGUAAAUUACUUGAAGAGGCUGAUGAAGCUGAUUUUGAAGAAUUGAAUCCUACUACAUUAAAAAAGAUGGUAUUAUCAUUUGAAAAGAAGUUUUCUACCAAUCAAGAUCAAAGAUCUAAAUUUAACAAUCAACCUGAAAAAUUUAUGCAAAGUGAAAUUGAAUUGGAUGAAGAGAUAAAGAAACUUCAAAUCAUUGCAACAGCACCUGAAUUAUACCCAUUAUUGGUUAAAUUGGGUACAGUUGUUUCAUUGGGAUCAUUAUUGGAUCAUGAAAAUGUAGAUAUAACUAUUGAUGCGAUCGAUCUAUUCAAUGAAUUGGUACAACAAGAACAAGAGGCAGAGGAAAAGGUAUUGAUUCACGGUCUAUUGGAGAAUGGUGUUUUGAUUGGUUUCGUACAGGCACUGUCUUCUCGUUUACAGACUGCCAAUCCAGAUCAUAAACAAGCGAUUGAGAGUGCACUCGCUAUCAUUGAAAUGUCAAUAGAUGCCAUUCCAACAGAUGUGUCUCAAUCGUUGAUUGAACAUUCAAAUAUAUUCCAAUACUUUUUCUCGGUCAUUAAAUCAAAGGAUGCACCUCUCUCUCUUAGGCUCAAUUGCAGUGAACUAUUAUCAAUCAUAUUACAAGACAAUGAAAAGGGAAGAUAUGUAUUUGGUAAAAAAGAUGGUAUAGAUAAUUUAUUAAUCAUUAUUUCACAAUUUAAAAAGAAAUCACCAGAAUCAUUGGAAGAGACAGAGAUGAUUGAAAAUUUAUUUACAAGUUUGUAUUCAUGUUUAUUCGAUCAAUCAAACAAGAAUAUAUUUUUAAAAUCAGAGGGUAUUGAAUUAAUGUUAUUAAUCAUAAAAAAUAAAACAACACUUAGAGGAUCAGCACUAAAAGUAUUGGAUUACGAAUUAAAUAAUCACAAAGAAAGUAAUCAGAAAUUUGUUGAUGCAUUGGGAUUGAAAACAUUGUUUUCAUCAUUAAUGAAGAAAUUAAAACAAAAACAUCAAUCUAAAAAGGAAUACAAGAAAAUUUAUAAUCAAGAUCAAGAUGAAGAACAUAUAAUUAUUAUACUUCAAUCAUUAUUUAGUCAAUUGGAUAAAAAUAGAUUAGAAAGAUUACUUUCUAAAUUUACAGAAAACAAUGGUGAAAAAAUAGAUAGACUUUUUGAAUUGUUUGAAAAGUAUAAUAACAAGGUCAAGAAUGCAGAGGAUAAAAUCAAAAAGGAAAUUUUAAACAGAGACGAAGACGAUGAUGAGGAUAUCGACGAAGAUGAAAUCCUAUUACAAAGAAUGGAUGCAGGAUUAUUCAAGUUGCAAAAUAUUUGUUUGAUUAUUUCUCAUCUUUAUGGUCAACAAGAUAAAAUGUUUAAAGAAAAAAUAGAAAAUAUUGCCAAAAAAGAUGGAAAACGAUUGUCACUAGAUAUAAUCAAUGUAUUAAAUGGUAUCACCACUACUUUUCCCAAAUUCAACCAUCAUCCACCAAAAUGUUUUGAAAGUAUGAUUUAUUUUUAUCAUAAUCCAAAAGUACGAAUAGUGAUCAUUCACUACUAUCAAUUCAUGUCACCAACGUCGUCGACGUUGGCGUCAACAACAAUAGCUACAAUUCCAACACUCUCUCUCAGAGAGAGAUAA